CCUCAAUCAAGCCAACCCAGAGUAGCUUGUUAUUGAUCGUGCCAUCUCUACUGUGAGUGUGAUCGAGCUAGUGAUCAAACGCGAGAAGAUGGCGUUGCACUGGAGCAGCGGCCUCGCGGUCGCCGUCGCGGCGGCGCUGGCCGUGUCCGCGCUCUUCCCGGCGGGCGCUGCGGGUCACCCGCCGCUCCCAGGCCCGUUGGUCCCGCAGUUCUACGAGCACACGUGCCCGCAGAUGCAGGCGUUGGUGGGCGCCAUCGUGGCCAAGGAGCACGCCAAGGAUCCCCGCAUGGCGGCGUCCCUGCUCCGGCUGCACUUCCACGACUGCUUCGUGCAGGGCUGCGACGCGUCGGUGCUGCUCGACGCCGACGGCAGCGGCAGGUUCACCACCGAGAAGCGGUCCAACCCGAACCGCGACUCGCUGAGGGGCUACGAGGUCAUCGACGAGAUCAAGGCCGCCCUCGAGCACGCCUGCCCCCACACCGUCUCCUGCGCCGACAUCGCCGCCGUCGCCGCCAGGGACUCCACCGUGCUGACGGGUGGGCCGGGCUGGGAGGUGCCGCUGGGGAGGAGGGACUCGCUGACCGCCAGCUUGAGUGGCUCCAACAACCUCAUCCCUGCUCCCAACGACACCCUCCCCACCAUCACCGCCAAGUUCCGCAACCAGGGUCUCGACGUCGUCGACCUCGUCGCGCUCUCAGGAGCACACACCAUUGGCGACUCGCGCUGCGUGAGCUUCCGGCAGCGGCUCUACAGCCAGAACAACGACGGGCGCCCGGACCCGACGCUGAACCCGGCCUACGCGGCCAAGCUCCGCGGGCGGUGUCCCCGGUCCGGCGGCGACCAGAUCCUGUUCGCCCUCGACCCCGCCACCCAGUUCCGGUUCGACAACCAGUACUACAAGAACAUCCUCGCCAUGAACGGCCUGCUCAGCUCCGACGAGGUCCUGCUCACGCAGAGCCACGAGACCAUGGAGCUCGUCAAGAGCUACGCCGCCAGCAACGAGCUCUUCUUCGACCACUUCGCCAAGUCCAUGGUCAAGAUGGGCAACAUCUCGCCGCUCACCGGGCACAACGGCGAGAUCAGGAAGAACUGCAGGAGGGUCAACCACUUCUAAACAGACCGAGGGACUGUUCGAAGCCGGUGAUUUCGUCGUGCUUCAAGCUCCUUGAUUUGCAAUGCUUCUUUCAAGUACUGUAUGUGUGUGAUUAUUGCAUUUCCUUAUUCGUGUUGCACCGUAAAAUGGCUGCGAUCGUGUUUGUUCCUCUUCUUGCACUGCUUGUUGAUAUUCAUCUGUGCGACGUGCUGAACUUGUACCAAGAAAUGAUCCAAUAAAGUGCUUACGAGUUGUCCCUGUCACUUUUUCAA